GGAAGCUUGGAGCAGCGCUGUGUGUGUAUAUAUUUAUAUAUAUAUACAUUUAUGCGUGUGUGCGCGCGCGCGUGUGGGUGCGCGUGUGUGUGUGUAUGUUUCCCUUUCAUAUGAGCGCAGAGCCUCCAGCGUGAAGAAUGCGGACAGGACUCGGAAAACUCCUGCUUCUACACGUGUUCCUCAUGGAGACUGUUCACACCGGAGGGAGUGAGACAGCUUGUGAAACGGGACAGUUCAGGUGUAGAAACGGCAAGUGUAUUCCGACGCCGUGGCGAUGCGACGACGACGACGACUGCUCGGACAACAGCGACGAGGAGCACUGCCUGAAGACCACCUGUUCUUCGACAGACUUUACCUGUAAGAAUGGGCAUUGUGUGCCAGCUCGCUGGAAGUGUGACGGAGAGCCUGAAUGUCUAGACGGAUCUGAUGAGGCUGAGUCUACCUGCAAUCGGCAGACGUGUCAAUCUGAUCAGUUUGACUGCGGAGGCAUUGCAAACAAAUGCGUGUCUCUGUCCUGGCGCUGUGACGGAGAGACGGAUUGUGAGAACGGAGCGGACGAGGAACACUGCGCUACAGAUGCAAAGGUUUGUCCACCAAAAGAGUUCCAGUGCCGGAACAGCCUGUGCGUGGCCCCCACCUUCGUCUGUGAUGGUGACGAUGACUGUGGAGAUAACAGCGAUGAAGAAAAGUGCACUCCAGGAACAACCAGGAUAUGCAGCCCCCAGGAUUUUCGCUGCAACAACUCUGAGUGUAUCCCGGCUAUGUGGAGCUGCGACGGCGACCCCGACUGCAGAGAUAAAUCAGACGAGUCGCCCGAGCGCUGUAACAGCAGGAACCAGCCAAAGAAGACGGCCUGCUUAGCUGAAGAGUUCCCGUGCGGGAGCGGAGAGUGUAUCCAUCUUAACUGGAAAUGUGACGGAGACCCAGACUGCAAGGACAAGUCUGAUGAGACAAACUGUCCUCUGCUCACCUGCAGGCCGGAUCAGUUCCAGUGCGGCGACGGCUCCUGCAUCCACGGCACCAAGCAGUGUAACCACGUGCACGAUUGUCCAGACUUCAGCGACGAAGCAGGCUGCGUCAACAAAACUACUAAAUGUGAAGGGCCGCUGAAGUUUGUGUGUACUGACGGAGAGUGUAUCGACAUAAGCAGGGUGUGUGACAACAUCAAGGACUGUAAGGACUGGUCCGAUGAGCCUAUAAAGCAGUGUGGCCUCAACGAAUGUGCCACUAACAAUGGCGGCUGCUCCCACAUAUGCAAGGACCAGCGGAUAGGCUACGAGUGCGAUUGUCCCUCAGGUUAUAAGCUGCUGGAUCAGAGGACUUGUGGAGACAUAGACGAAUGCGAGAACCCGAAUGCCUGCAGUCAAAUUUGCAUCAACUACAAAGGUCACUACAAGUGUGAAUGCUACGAGGGCUAUGAAAUGGACCCAGUUUCCAACACCUGCAAGGCUGUGGGUCAAAGUCCGUACCUGAUAUUCACCAACAGACACGAGAUCCGGCGGCUCAGUCUGGUCAGGAAAGGCUACACGCAGGUGGCGCUCACCCUGAAAAACGCUGUGGCAUUGGAUGUGGAAGUCACCACAAACAAGAUAUACUGGUGUGAUCUUUUCCAUCGCAAGAUUUUCAGUGCAUAUAUCAACAAAGCCAUUAACUCAUCAGAGCAGGUCACGCUCAUCGAUUCAGCGCUACAUUCCCCAGAAGGCAUAGCUGUCGAUUGGGUCCACAAUAACAUCUACUGGACUGAUUCAGGACACAAAACCAUCUCGGUUGCUACUACUGAUGGCAAGAAGAGAAAAGUGUUGGUUGAAAGUGAGCUGAGGGAACCGCGGGCGAUUGCGCUUGACCCCAGACAAGGGUUCAUGUACUGGUCAGACUGGGGGACGCAGGCCAAAAUCGAGAAGGCUGGGUUGAACGGCGUGGACCGGCAGGUGCUGGUCUCAGAGCGAAUAGAAUGGCCUAAUGGGAUUACUUUAGAUUUGUCCAGCAGCCGUCUGUACUGGGUAGAUUCCAAACUCCACCUCAUCUCCAGCGUGGACCUGAACGGAGAUAACCGCAAAGUUCUGCUCUUGUCUACAGAGCACCUGGGCCACCCUUUCGCCCUCACGCUGUUCGAGGACCGAGUAUAUUGGACAGAUCUGGAGAACAACGCUAUCUACAGUGUGAAUCGUUUAACGGGGCACGAUGUUUCCAUGCUGGCGCAGCACCUGGACAGCCCGCUGGACGUAGUGGUGUUCCACGAGCUCCGGCAGCCCAAAGCUCUAGACAGCUGUAAUAUAGGGAGUUUGCCCAACGGAGGUUGCGAGUACCUGUGUCUGAGAGCCCCGCAGAUCACCGAGCAUUCACCUAAAUACACGUGCGCCUGCCCUGAUGAUGCUGAGCUCGGCCCGGACAUGCGCCGCUGUGUCACAGUGCCAAAGCCCAAGACUACAACGGCUAUGCCUUCUACUACUACAGAAACAACAGAGCCUUCUACGGUGUCUACGACAGAGACUUCCUCACCUCCGUCUACUUCCACGCCGUCCUCGACAACCACGACCAGUACCACAUCAUCCACCCCAACCACAACAACUGCAUCGAGCACGUAUGCUCCUUCUACGACACACGGCACUCUGUUAACCACACCACCACCCACCACAACACCGCAUUCAACUCCAUCAUCGUCUUCCAAGACAAGCAGCACUCAGAGCGGCACCACGACGCCACGCCAACAUCCCGUCUCCACCCAGAACACGACAGACAGCAGGCAACAGACGACGCCCAGAUCUACCACCAUCUCUCAGAAGGACGGACCAAACAGCAACCUCUCACAUCGUGGUCACUUCUUCCUGGGGAACAACAUCACUAUAGCAGUGCUUGGUGUCGUCAUCCCUAUAGUUCCUAUCCUUGCCACAGUGGUCCUCACCCUGGCGUGCACUGGAGGCUACCUGGUCUGGCGCAACUGGAGGCGGCGGAACACCAAGAGCAUGAACUUCGACAAUCCAGUGUACCGCAAGACCACAGAGGAAGACGACGACGAGAUCCACAUCGGCCACAGCGAGCAGAUCGGACACAUCUACCCAGCCCGCGUGGCGCUCAGUGUGGAGGAUGACGGAUUACCCUGAGGUUGUUUCCUCCUCCCCUCCAUCCAUCCAUCCAUGUGUCCAUCCAUCCACUUAUUUGGGGCUCUGAGUCUGGUGGGGAGACUGCAGCACUGCACAGCAAGCCACAGAGAGAGUGGAACACUCAUACACACUCAUACACUCACUCACACACUCACACAGACCCCUGUCCUUUAGAUGCUGUGUAGCGCUGCUCAGUGAUUAGAGACUAACACUAACCUCUUCAUCCCUGCGUCUCCAGCAGGUGUGUUAGUAAUGACUCCUCUUUCAUCAGGACUAACUUUAUCCAACGCUGCUUCAUUCAGUAGACACUUAGUUAUUUUAGCACUGGUGUAAACUCGCAGUGUGUCUGUGUGUGUCUGCCUAAUCUGUUUUGUUAGCUCUGGACUGUUUUAAGCUGAAGACAUGUUGUUGAGCUGAAAAGCAAAACAUUUCUGCAAACACACUGUACAGUACAUUUGUGGUGUAGCGCUACAGUAGAUGAUGUGAUGUCUGCCGGCAGGUCUUAGAUGAAAUAAGAAAGGAAUUAUGCUAAAUUACAAACACUAUACAAGAAAUAAAUGGUCGUGUCAUUCCUCUCAGCAGUCUUCUAGCCCUGUGUCUUCCCCAUAUCACAGAUUCAAACAGAGUGAGUCUUUAGAACAUCUUUCUGCGCUCUAAUUCAGUGUGCACUCUCCGAUCGUUUAGUUUUCCUUGUCGCCGAAACGGUUCAAAUGUAGGAUAAAUGUAAAGGUUUUGAUUUAAUGCGCUCUUUCUCAUAACCUUUUGUACCUGUAACAGCUCAUGCACAGGGACUUUCCUGGCUUAAUUACGCUCCACGCUCCCCCGUUAUUUCAGGACGUAUCAUAACAUUUAAAUGUAAUUAUAAGGGCAAUAGGUGGUUCAUUAAUAAAUAAUCAGGUAGAUAUUCCGAGCAAAAAUAAACAGAACAUUUGGUCAUGUCAUGGCUGAAAUGUCACCUCCACCAAUACUGAUUACAUAUUGACAGCAGUGUAAUUACGAGGGUGAGUCAAAAAUGAUCCGCACUGUACGUGGCUGUAGUAUUUAUUUUAAUUAACUUGUAGAAGAGACAAAUACACCGUUUUUCAGCAUAAUCUUCUCGCUUUACAACGUCCAUCCGUCAACAAGCUUUUGUAUUUCCACGUUAAAAAAUAUUUUAGGCUGAGCUGCGGUUUACAAAUACACCGCUGUCGUCAUUGCUUCAUCAUAAAUGAAUCUUCGUCCUCGUAGGGCUGCUUUUAGGGGACCACAACAGGUAAAGGUCCGAUGUAGUGAGAUCAGGACUAUAGGACUAUAACACCUUAAAGUUUUUGCAGAGUGUUGACAGUGUAAACAAAAGUGUGCAUACGUGCAUCAUCAUGCGAGAUCAUAACACCCUCAGAUAUCAGUCCAAAGUUUAGGCUACAGCUCUUCAAUAAGCAUCUCACUGUAACGAGCACUGUUGAUUGUUGAAUUUUCCAGCUGAUGGUUGGCUUUUUAACCUUUUCCAGGUUGGAGAUUGAGAUUCCAUACUCAGGCGUUUAGUCUGAGGCUCGUAGUGAUAAAUCUGUAUCUCGUCACCAGUAAUGACUCUCUUUAAGAAACUUUUUUUUUUUUUUGGCAAUUUUAGUUUGCAGGUACCCAACCACUUCUAAUCAUUUCGGCACCAGAUGCACUCUCAGACCACGCUGCUCUUCUUUUGCGCAAAUCAUAACUGGGGCACCUACUUUUGCUCAAAUAAACUGAUGUAACACUUUUAUACCUGCACAGCAGUGACUGGGUAGACAGUAGCCGUGAACGGAAAGCGCUGAUAAGACCCAAGUUUUAAUAUAACCAGCGUGCUGAGAAUUUUUGACUCACCCUUGUAUAGUACAUAUCAGCGUAGCUGUGACAAGCUACAGCAGAAUGACAACCAUGCUGUUAUUCAGUAUAAAGCACUCUUGCUUGUGCAAUAUUGCUCAAGUCUAUUUACAACAUACUGUACAAAUUUUUAAAAAUCAUCCAAAUUUUAAAGCUUGCUUAAGAUUUUUUGUUUGUUUGUUUCAUUAUUAGUAUUAGUAUUAUUAACCUCAACAGUUGCAUUUGUAGUAAAUAACACUCUCAGGCGACCAUUCCCACAUCCCUGUUCACUGAGACAUCUUUUCUACUUUUAGUAUGUGUUUUUGACUUUCGUAAACAUUUUAGUUCUUUAAACUGCAUAAAUGGAGUGUAAUUAUUUUUUGGAGUAAAGCAUUACCAUGCACCUUUUUAGUUAAAAGACGGGCUUACACACUAAUCUCUGAGCCUAACUCCAUUGACAAGGAAAGGAUUUUUCCUCAGAGUGUACAAUUUUUAGCAGCGUAACCAUUUGCUGCAUUUUUGUUCAUACAGCAUGAAUUUUAUUUUUUAGUUCUACAAGACUUGUUAUAGUCACGAUUCACUGAGUGGUGCAGGUCAGGGGAAAGCUAGCUGGUCAGGCAGAUGUAAACAGAGAGUCUGUCGUGGAUUAGGUUUAUAUAAAUAUAUCCAUCGUGUAAACGUUUUCAGAGCAGCUCAUAGGAAACAAUGUUGGUCCAAGUUAUGCCAUGAUAGAAAAAGGUCAUGUCCUGACCUGAAUUCAUGCUGGAUUUGCAUUCAUGCUGUGCUUGUCUUAAAUCUAGAUAAAUAAAAAAAAAAGAAAAGAAAACUGGUUAAACUGACUCAUGGGCCAGUAAGAAGAGCAUGAUAAAAAAACAUUCUGAAUGAAAAUUGGAAAACAGUCAGAGCUUUUGUGUAUUCUUUGUACCCACUAAAACUAAAAUAUUUUUUCUUAGAAAAAAUUUUUUCUUCUACAAUUUUGAUCACACUUGUCUGGAAAUCAAAUAUUUAGGAAUCCAAAUAUACUUAAGGACAUUUAAGCAUGAACAUAGUCAAUGUAUAAGUAUUGGUUGAACAUAUGCAGGUAUAAAUAUUGGCUAAUUAUAAUUUUCCUAUAUUGCAGCACAUGAAAAAUCCUGCUGAUUUUACUUAGGAAUGGUCCAAGGUAUUUUACUUUAUUUAUUUAAUUUUAUUAUAAUAUUUAUUAUACCUGAACAAUCUUUAUAUAUUAUUUUUCAGGGUUUUUUUUUAUAUAUUUCUUAAAUCAAAAAUAUCUUAAAUAUCUGACAUAAGAUAUCUGACAACCAAUGAACAAAUUCUAAAUGAACACUUUGGAAAUCUUUCCUGCUGUAAUAAGAUUUAAGGCCGCUGAUUUUCACAGUGUCUGUCUCACGUACACCUACUGAAGGCGGCAGGGUUAACCAGGAUGACCGUUAAUGUCCGAGAGAUUAACUGUGCAUCCGAGAUCAUACUGAACUAUUCACAAAUUUGUAGUUUAAUGAGAAAGUAAGAAAUGUUAAAAUGUUCCUGCACCUUUCCGGGUCCAGACUACAAUAUUAAUAAGCACUGGUUUAUUUCUGUAACUCACGUCCCCGCAUGACCCACACACAAAUUUAAUGACGUCUCAAAGUCAAGAUAUCCGAGGCGUCCCAGAGUCCCACAUACAGAAAUAGCUCUAUAUAUUUAAUUUAGUUUAUUUUUGUAUGACACUUUUUACAGUAUGUCAGAUAUUUAAGACCAGAAGAGCAUGAACUUGGAAAAAAAUAUCAGCAUGAGAUCAGAUCAGGAGAUAAUCGUGGUUUUAUUACUAGAGGAAUUUUUACUAAGCAACUGACUUAUGACAGCUGUCGAAAAUGGAGAAGGAAUCACUUUAACUCUAUUUUUUCCUUAGACGAUUCCACACCACUUUGUGCUGUAAUUAAUCCCUAAUAACUCUUACAGUAGAAGGAUUUUAAAAAUGGAAAUGCUGUAACCUAGCGACCAUGACAGACUCUCUCACUCUCUCAGACUCUUUCUUCUUAAAAACCAGUGCUUACGUGAAUAUCACCAAGAGAUGUGCGAUUUAAUCGUUUAUGCAAUUUGAGCGAUUUUUUUGUUGAUCGAUACGGUUAAUUAAAUCAAUGGAUCGGUUUUCAAUUAACAAUCAAGGCAUACUUUUUGAACUAAUAAGGUAAACUUUUAAAUGUUUGUGACUCUGCAUCUCUUACUUCAUGGACGGUUGCAAUAUCACCACCUACUAGCCUGGAGUGUGCUGGAAAAGUUUGGCUGGAAAAAAAAAAGAUAAUCGCUUUGUAUGACAUUUUAAAACAACAACACAAUAUUAAAAAAUAUUAAAAAUCAAUGCAUAAUCAAUACUUUUAGUAGUUUUUACUACUUUAAAACCUUAAAGAAAUACAGCUGUCAGAGACAAAUCAGACAGCAAACAUUAGUUAUAUCGAAUCGAUUCAGUAAAAAAGCCCAGAAAUCAAAUGCAAUUAAAUCGACAGUGAAUCUCUGUGUGAUUCACAGCUCUAAAUAUUACACAGCGUUAUUCAGAUAUGUUACUUCCUUUCUUUUGAAAUCAGUUAAUUGUUUUUUUGUAAAAAAAAAAAAAUUAAUAGAACAAAGUGAUGAAUGAUUUUCUAAAGCUAACCAGCUGAUUUAAAAAAACUGAAUAGCAAAAAGAGGUUACUGAAGUUAAAAAAAAUUAACUAAAAGAAGCUAGCUGGCUAGCAGGGUUGUAAUUGCAACAGCUAAGGCUAGCUAGUUAGCUAGUAGGCUAUUGUGCUGCUGCUGUUGUGCUUAGCUACUUAGUGCUGCUGUGUAAAAUGUUUGUUAUGGUCUCAGUGUGGAAUUUUAGUCUUUAUUCCUUUGCAGUAACUAAACAUAACAUGAACAGAGAAGAGCUUAUAUAUAUAAGAAGGAGCACACCGGCUAAUUAGCAAGCGAGGAUGCUAUGAUAUGCUAAAGGGAAAAUAAACCACUGGGUGUUAAAUCUGAAGUGAUCUUAGUGCAUUCCGUUAGCAUAUGCAUGUUAUUUUAUGACUUGGAAGCAAAGUGUGAGAAACAAGGGGCUUAGGGGAAUCUAGAGACAGAUUAUUCAGUAAAGACUCGUUUCAGACAUUUCGUGGCUUGUUGACGCCAUUGUUACAAAAGAACAUAAAUUACAGUAGAGGAACAUGCUGCACUGGUCAAUCUUCUGUACUUGAUGGAGAACGAGAUACACUCCUGUAGUCGCCCUGCUGUGCUUCACAUUAACAGUUUUUGUUUGCACUGCCAAGGUUUUAACACUGAAAGCAAUGAAGUCCUGGUGUCUGGAUUUUUUAAUACGUAAUCUUUAUGGACUUCUCUUCACUCUUCCUGAUUCAUACUUCCAAAACAUUAUUUAACAAUAUGUCUAAUGAUUACAACGGCGUACUUCUACGAUGUUUUGUUUUGUUUUGUUUGUUACAAAUCUUACACAAGCAAUACAGGGUAAUUUUAUGACUCGUCUUUCUCCAGAGGAGGUCUGGUGUUUUUUCUAAGUGUACAUAACGAUUCGUAGUGGUUUUUACUGUUUAAAGAUGAGAGCUCUGCGCAUUUUGUCCCAGGUUUACCAGGUGCUGCGCUUGAGCUCGCUUGUCUUCUUUUAAAGGGAUACUCGGAGGCUUUGAGUUUGGUUUCACGUGUUAGUCGGAUGAUAAUUUAUUGCACGGUUCCUGUUAAAGUCUACACCAAGCGUUUAGAUGUCGACUAAUCCCCGACCUUUCAGUAGAUGUCAGUGCUUUCUAUAUUCUCUUACUCUAUGCAUAUCUGAAGGUAAUCCCUGCCUUCCUGCAGUGCAGUGCAAUGCAGGGUUGCACCGUGCUGCUCCUUCCUUCCUUCAUUCAUUUUUUCCUUCCUUCCCUUCUGUCAUGUCAUAUCAUCACAUCACAUGACAUCACUCACCACUAACGGCAUUUUUUUAACACGUCCACUUUUCACUCAUCCCAGAACGGAUGUUUUUGAAAGGGCUAUACUUUUCCCUCAUGCCGGAAAAAGAAAAAACACGCCGGGCAAAGCAGAAGAACGAGCCGGGAAGCUGUCGUGGAACCUCGCGCCGCUGCUUCGUCACGGCUGUACACUCCGAGAGCAGAGCGCCCCCUCCUGAUCCAUCCUGCACAACACAACAGUACUGCUGACUUGCCUGUACACUGGAUCCCUCUCAUCCUGGGUCUUUUGCCAUCUGUGAAUAUAACGACCUCCGUUUUGAUUUUCCUCGACCGAUCAUGUGCUACUUGAACAAAUGUCCAGAAACAUCUCUUUUUUUUCCUGUUUUUUUUUUUUUUUUUUUGUACAGUAUCAGGAAGCAGAUAUUUUCUCUCAGCGAACCGUUCCUUUAACGUGUUCCUACGGAAAAAAAAAAAACCUUUUCUACACUGUUUGUUGCACAAACUUUUGAGAAGCCUUCUGCACUGUG